AUGGCAACUUCGCCAGCAGUCCAAGCUGCCACUCUCAACAAAUUCAUCGAAGCAUGGAGAGACCAAGACGUUGAAGGCACCGUGGCGCUCUGGUCAGAUGAUUUCUCGCAAACACUCCUCCCGUCAUCCCUGGGUAUGCCACCGAAACCGAGGGAGACUGCCGAAAUUGUCUACAGCAGACUGACACAGAGUCUGACCAAUUGGAAGCUGGAUGUGAAAGAAAUCGUGCAUGACGCUGCUCAGGGUACGGCUGCAGUGUACGCCACGUCUCUGGCGGACUUGCCCAUGCCAGGCGAGAAAUGGACGAUGGAUUACGCCGUCUUCAUGUCGUUCGCGGAGGGUGGAACCAAGAUCAGCCGGCUGAAUGAGAUGGUAGAUACUUCAAACUUUCAGCAGCUCUUCCCCAAGCUGCAGAAGUACCUCAUGGAGAAGAGCGCAGUGAAUGGGACCAAGUAG